AUCUUCCUUCACUGCGACUGCGAGAAAACUUUGCCCUUGAGGUUGUCUGCUGUGACCGUAGCUAGCAGUGCAUUAUUGAAAUUGUAAGUUUUUAGUUAUUUUAAGUAAAAUGUUUCGAGCACCAGCAAUGGCACUACACAGUGCUGUUAGAGGUGUUUUACGACAGAACCUUCCGAAGGCACCUCUAGGAGUUACCAGCCGAUCAAUGGCCCAUCAUUCUGAGUCGGAUCAGGAGUUUGAUGCCAGGUAUGAAGCCUACUUAAACCGUUCAGACAUCGAUGGAUGGGAGAUUCGCAAAGCUAUGAACGACCUGGCUGGUAUGGAUCUUGUCCCAGAUCCUAAAAUUGUCAUUGCAGCGAUGAAGGCGUGCAGAAGAGUUAAUGAUUACGCUUUGGCAGUCAGGUUCCUGGAAACCGUCGAGUUCAAGACAGCAGGUAGGAAGGAUAUUUGGGAGUAUGUAUUGAACCAAGUCAAACCAACACUUGAUGAGCUGGGCAUUGACACCAAAGAGAAGCUGGGCUACGACAAACCAGAACUGGCCCUCCAGAGCGUCUACGACAUCCACUAAGAAUACUUCCGCAGCAUCCUCAAAACAAUAUAGAAAGGUACACCGUUUGUGAAAUUUCCAUCGCUACGACAUUGUUGUAUGUUCUAGAAGUUAAAUAAAAAAGAUAUCAAUUAA